CUGCUCUCCGGCCUGACGACGGUGUGAGGAAGCAGUGAGGAAGACUUCUGAGCUGUUCUGCUGUUUCCUGCAGACUUCCAGCAAGGAUGGGAGACUUCCAGCAGGAUUACUACCCCUCAGGAUACAACGUGGACGACCAGGCGGUGGCGUACGACCACCCCUACGCCCCCAACCAGGCUGGAUCGCAGGAUGUCAUGGCAGCUGUUGUGGAUCCGUUCGUGGAGCAGCAGUACACCGGAGAGAUCUACCAGCCAUGGAUGCUGUCAGCCACCUCCAGGACCGUCGAAUCAGAACCUGCUGAGGAGGAACCUCCUCUACUUGUUGAACUUGGGGUGGAUUUUGACCACAUGUGGCAGAAGACCCUGACGGUCCUAAACCCGUUCAAGCCUGCAGAUGGCAGCAUCAUGAACGAGGCCGACAUGGCGGGUCCCAUCCUGUUCUGCAUUGCCCUGGGUGUCACUUUAAUGAUGGCAGGUAAAGUCCACUUUGGUUAUGUGUAUGGGAUCAGCGCCGGCGCCUGGAUGGGGAUGUACGUCCUGCUGAGUCUGAUGAGCUCCCUGUCGGUGUCGUGCGGCUGCGUGGCCAGCGUCCUGGGCUACUGCCUGCUGCCCAUCGUGGGCCUCUCUGCACUCGCUGUUUUAUUCUCUCUGCAGGGCAUCCUGGGAUCAGUUCUAGCCUUAUUGGCCAUCUGUUGGUGCAGUUUCUCAGCCUCUAAGAUCUUCAUCUCCACCCUGGAGAUGCAGGAGCAGCAGCUGCUGGUGUUUUAUCCGUGUGUCCUGCUGUACGGACUAUUCACGCUGCUCACUGUCUUCUAACUGCCGGACUAGAUGCGCACACACC